CUUGUGAUUAUCUAGAAAAAGUUUGUAGAAGAAACAAGAAGCAUCUCUGUUUUAGAUUUCCAAAUUAACCCAGAAACUCUUGGAAACUUCUCACACCUCUCAGAAACCUUUACCAUAAACCCUAAUCCCAUCUUUAUAAACCCAACAAUUAUUGGCUUUUUUCUUUCAAACUCAAGACAAAACAACAAAGAAAACAAAAGAUUAUCGAAUUGCGAAAAAUGGCUCUAGCUCGUCUGGCUUUGAGAAACCUUCAACAAAAACUGUCUCCUAGUCUGAUGGGUCAAUCUUGUGAAAGGUGUUUGGUAGGAAAUCGACAUAAUCCAAUGAAGCUAAACAGAUUCAUGGCUACUUCAGCUGGUGAACAAGAGGAUAAAAAGAACACAGAAGUGAGUGUGUCUGAGAAGAAAUCUCCUCGGCGGAAUUUCCCCCGGAGACGUGGCCGGAAAAGUCUCUGGCGUAACACUGACGAUCAUGGCUACUUCGUUCCCACCCUAAAUGAGUUCUUUCCUCCGACUCUAGGAAAUGCUCUGAUGCAAGCAACAGAGAACAUAAACAGAAUCUUCGACAACUUCAACAUUAGACCAUCACAACUAAUGGGUCAAGUGAAAGAGCAAGACGACUGUUACAAACUCAGAUACGAGGUUCCAGGGCUAACCAAAGAUGACGUGAAGAUCACGGUAGAUGAUGGAAUCUUGACGAUUAAAGGAGAACACAAGGCGGAGGAAGAAAAAGGUUCACCUGAAGAAGACGAGUACUGGUCUUCAAAGAGUUAUGGUUACUACAACACGAGCUUGUCGUUGCCUGAUGAUGCUAAGGUUGACGAUAUCAAAGCAGAGCUCAAGAAUGGUGUGCUUAAUCUUGUGAUUCCUAGGACGGAGAAGCCAAAGAAGGAUGUUCAGGAGAUUUCUGUUGAGUAAGCAAAUAAUGUUGUAUCCUUUUAUGUUUGUAAUGCGAAUGAAAUAAAUAGUUAAUUUGCGCAAACAAAAGAAGCCAGAUAAUGAUGAUGCACUAGACUGAAUGUAUUUUAAUUAGUUAAUUCACGUAAUUAGUGUGCGGAAAAUAUAGCCAAAGAUAUUGAUAUAUUCAGCAAGAAGUCCAUGGUUUUGCCCCGUAUAAAAUUUUAUUUGUAUAUCUUGUAUUAGUGAUUAU